CUUUCUCAAAAUCCAAUCGGGGAGCUGAUUUAAAACAAUUUAGAUGAUUAUGAUUGAUCGCCAUCUUCAACCACUUUCACCACCAAACUCAAUCACUCUUCUUCAAGCAACCAACACCAAAAACACCCUCCGCAUCGUUCCUCGCUCCGCCCUUGCUCCUUCUCGUCCCUGCUUCGAUUCCAACUAUGAGAACCUUCCUCGGGUUCUAUCUCCUCUGUCUCCUUAUCGGAAAAGACCUGCCCUUUCUAGCUGCAGAUGACAGCAAUGCCAUAAACGAUUCUACCCAGAAUCUCUGUUUUGCUAACCGAUUAUCCGAUUUUCUCCCUCCACCGUACAGCAAUAUCUCCGAUAACAUGCCAUGUACUCCUCUUUGGAACACAUUCGUUUUACGGUACUCAGAAAACAGAGACAAUGUGAUGACGAUCAUAGUAUCAGCUUUAUACACAACCGGGUGGGUCGGGAUAGGAUUCUCGAAAGACGGAAGAAUGGUUGGAUCAAGCGCGAUGAUCGGGUGGAUUUCGAAAAAGGGUCACGCCAAAAUCAAACAAUACUAUCUCCAAGGAACGGAGAGAGACCAAGUUGUGCCGGAUCAAGGAGAAUUGCAACUACAAAAAGUGCCUCCGGUGGUGGCUCUUCACGGAGCAAUGAUUUACUUAGCUUUUCAGGUGAAAUUCGCCGUUAGAGUUCCUCGGAGAGCUGUGAUUCUAGCGUUUAGCACCGCUUAUCCUUCGAAACUAGGCCGUUUGACUAAGCAUGAUGAUAAAACUACAGUCAUCGUCGAUUUCUCCAAAGCGAGUGGAGCAACCUCCAUAAAGACGACAACUUCUACGGAGAUGACAAAACAUGGAGUAAUGGCGAUACUGGGAUGGGGUUUCUUACUUCCUGUAGGGGCAAUCCUCGCGAGAUAUCUUAGACAUAAAGACCCUCUUUGGUACUAUCUUCAUAUCGGAUUUCAAUUCACGGGAUUUAUCUUCGGUUUAGCUGCUGUUAUUCUCGGGAUUCAGCUUUACAAUAGGAUCCAGCCGAUUAUACCUGCUCAUCGAGGCAUUGGGAUCUGUCUUCUAGUCCUUAGCAUUCUUCAGGUUUUGGCUUUCUUUGCACGGCCACAGAAGGAGACAAAGAUGAGGAGAUAUUGGAAUUGGUAUCAUCAUUGGAUUGGGAGAAUCUCUCUCUUCUUUGGAGCUGUGAACAUUUUUCUUGGAAUUCGAAUGGCGAAUAAUGGAGGAGAUGGCUGGAAAAUUGGAUAUGGAUUUGUGUUGUCAGUGACAUUACUUGCUUUUAUUGUUCUUGAAAUAUUCAGAAUUCGUGGCUCCAUUGGUUCACCAUCUUCUCACACCCCUCCCUCUUUUGAGGCACAUCCAAGUUCUACUAGUGUUUGAUUCAAGAUCGUCAUUCAUUUGUUUCUUGUACAUAUAUAAAGGCUCUUUUUAUUUUUUUCCAUGUUCUUGGCUAAUGACUAAUAUCAUUAUGGUCGAUAAGUGAUUUUUUUUGUUUUUUUUUAUAAAUUCCGGCGACCAUUAUAUGAUUGUUUCUUUGUAAAAGGUUUGUUUCUUUUUGGAUCUUACUUUGUUCUCGUUUAAGAUGUAAGUUGAGUUUUGAAGGUUCUUGUU